AUGAGGGAGGGAGGGGGAAGAGACAAGCCAGCGGAGGGAGCAGAGACAAAGCUUGCUGACGGAGGAAGUGAAGUGUGCUCUGCAGCAUGUGGACCAUGUGCUCAGCAGAUAACUGCCGAGUGUCGAGCCCACGGAAGGUGUCUGCAACCAUGGGCUCUCUGCUGCACAGCUGUCGGUGUUUGGAGCAGCAAGGAGCGGAGAAAAGAGCCUCGACCCUGGAGACAGACAACCACAAAAACCUGUCCAUCAGAACCUGAAAUCGUCAAGAUGACAUGGUGGAGACAUCCUUCUCCAGGUGUCAGAGCAGUCCUGAGUGUACCAAGCCACAGUCACCAGGGUGACUCACAACAGCACUGUGCUGUCAGCCGCCCUGCUGACCUUCAACUACCUCUAGACAUCAGCUAUCCUCGUUCUAGCAUCUGUCUACAGAAUGGACUCAAUGAUCACAUGAGGAUGACGACCAUGAUGAAGGCAAUGCAAUUUCAUCAACGUGGAUCCUUUAUCUAUAUCUGCAGCCCAGUCCCUCUAUCUACCCCCCCCCACAUGACGGACAGCCUGUAUUUGCGUGUGGGUCAAUUGCUCAGUAGGCAGUGUAGAUCCUGUGUAAUUAUCAGCAGCUACAUCUGGCUACUGGGUCUCUGA